AUGAGGCUGAAAACGCCUAAGAAGCUGGAAAGAAUAGAGAUUGCGAUGGUCUCCUGGAAUUAUCAUCUGAGUUCUGUAGCUCCCCCGGGCUACGACACGCCUCCAUUCCCGUCUCUAUAUUGGCCCAUAAACCCUAAACCCGGGGCUACAGCAUAUCUCUUCUACAGUACAGAUAUAUGGAGGUUCACGAUUUUCUGGACGUUGAUUGUUUAUGCCGCGUUCCACCUUGCAGCCGGUAUUUGGGCAUUUGCGAUGCACCCGACUAAACUGUCUUUUGGGGUGCCAUUCCUAUAUGCCAUACUUGGAGGUAUUGAGGCUGCAAUGUCAGGAACAAUAGUGGGUUUUAUACUUGCGGCUGUUUAUAAUGCAGGGUUUUUCCGCAUGAGCACUUGGAUUCCGUUUGUGUGGUCCAUCAUUAACGUGAUGGUCCUUCUGAUAUCAUCCUUUUCUCUCCAGGGCGGCUUGUAG